CUUCCUGCCUAUAUAAAGCACCCCAUUACCAAGCUUACAAUUCAGGCUAAGAGUUUCAACCAACUUAGAGAGCUCUCCUCUCCAGACCUCUCCCUUCUCUCCGCCAGGAGUCUAGGGUUAGAGAGAGAGAGCGAGACGAGCAAAAACAAUCUCUCGCCCCACUGUUAUACCAAGUUCGCAUCCACCUCACUGUUAUACAUCUUUGUAUCACAAUGGGUGGCCUAUCCAUGGAGCACCCUUGGGCAUUCGCCUUCGGCCUACUAGGCAACGUGAUCUCUUUCUCAAGCCUCCUGGCCCCGAUACCAACAUUCUACCGGAUCUUCAAGAGCAAAUCCACGGAGGGGUUCCAGUCGGUGCCCUACGUCGUGGCCCUGUUCAGCGCGAUGCUGUGGAUCUUCUACGCACUGGUCAAGACCGGUGAGGGCCUCCUCAUCAGCAUCAACGCUGCCGGCUGCGUCAUCGAGACCGUCUACAUCGUCAUGUACCUCGUGUACGCCCCUAGGAAGGCCAAGAUUUUCACAGCAAAGAUCGUUGUCCUCCUCAACAUCACCGGCUUCGGGCUCAUCUUCCUCCUCACCCUCUUCGCCUUCCACGGUGAGACACGCGUCGUCUCACUCGGCUGGAUCUGCGUCGGCUUCUCCGUCUGCGUCUUCGUUGCCCCACUCAGCAUCAUCGGACGAGUCAUCAAGACCAAGAGUGUGGAGUACAUGCCCUUCACGCUCUCCCUCACGCUCACCCUCAGCGCAAUCGUCUGGUUCCUCUACGGCCUGCUCAUCAAGGACAAAUACGUCGCGCUCCCAAACAUCCUUGGCUUCACCUUCGGGGUGAUCCAGAUGGUCCUCUACGUGUUCUACAUGAACAAGACGCCGGUGGCAAGCGAGGUCAAGGAGGGGAAAGAGGCAUGGAAGGCGCCCGCAGAGGACCACGUCGUCGUGAUCAACGUCGGCAAGACGGACAAGGGCUCGUGCGCCGAGGUGCGCCCGGUCACCGAGAUGGCCAGCGCCGUCGACGUCCCCAGGAGAUGCGCUGCUGAGGCGGCGGCGGCGCCGGGGGUGGACUUUGCCCGUUCUGUCGACGUGGUCUAGAUUCACGCACGCAUGCAGGCAUGCAUGGCUCAUGCAUGAGCCGAGCAACCGUUAAUAUUCGUACAACUUUAUUUUCUUUUCCAAGAAAAAAUAAUAUUCGCACCACGGUCUGCAGGUGCAUGUACCUAUUGUAUGUAAAACAAACUACGUAUGAUGAUUCGGCGUGGGUCGUAGCUAGGAUUGGCAGCCCACUUAUUCUA